UUGUCCCAGAUUUCUUCCAUGGUAGGCCCAAAACAGGAGGAAGAUUGGACCAUGUCUGCUUGAGAAUUGAAAAAUAGCAAGUCUGAGGUGAGAUCGUUUUGCGUGAAGAGUAUUACAUUUUAGUAGUUGUUUUUUUAAACAGCAACAUUUCUCAUUCUCCUCAGUCACGCAAACAAAUGUUUCCUGUGGGGCAGUUAAUUGCGGUUGUAAGGUAACAUGCCGGCUGAGGAGAGAGUGACAGCGGGUAAAAGGCCACAUGAAGUAUAGCUGCGCAAUUAGGCGGCUGUUACGCAAAGAGUUUGAAGGAGCACGAGCCACAUGAAGCAUAAAACGCAUCCACAAAUUAUUGAUUAUUCAAUGUGUAAAAUGGCAACGUUGAUAUUACUAUUCAUGGCAUGCCAUUCAGUGGUUAAAAAAAAAAGCAAUCCCCGUUAUUGAGUAAAGGAAUCUCUGCAGCCCUCCCAGUCAGAUCAGCCAGUACACUGUGACGUGUUUCCAUGCAAGGUGCUCAUUAAGAGGGACGUUUGGUUUCUCUGACGUGUGUAUCAGUCCUCUGACGGCACCGGCCCCUUUUUAAGCCUCGGUAAAUCACCCGGAAGACCUCCACCAACGUUUCACUUAGCUAUUCCUCGCGAUGCAAAGGGGUGGAAGAGGCUCUUAAUAAACCUUCAAACUGUUCUGCUCUCUGUUUUCUGCCUAAGGUGCUCCAGCACAUGACUCUAGAAAUACUUGAGCAGGUCUCCAUGCCCUCCCGUUCCUAGCGGGAGACCGGUGCGACUAUGACCUUCCAUGUAGAGGGGCUUGUGGCUAUCGUGAUCUUCUAUCUACUGAUCCUGUUCGUGGGCAUCUGGGCGGCAUGGAAGAACAAACACUCCGGGGAGGCGGAGGGCACCGACCGCAGCGAAACCAUCAUGGUCGGAGGGAGAGACAUUGGAUUAUUUGUCGGUGGAUUUACCAUGACAGCGACCUGGGUUGGAGGAGGAUAUAUCAAUGGCACAGCUGAGUAUGUGUAUCUGCCUGAUUAUGGGUUGGCUUGGGCUCAAGCUCCCUUUGGAUAUGCCCUCAGUCUUGUUGUGGGUGGUCUUUUUUUCGCUAAGCCCAUGCGCUCUCGAGGUUACGUCACCAUGUUGGACCCAUUCCAGCAGAAGUAUGGGAAACGCAUGGGUGGCCUCCUCUUCAUACCUGCACUCAUGGGUGAGAUCUUCUGGUCCGCUGCCAUCUUAUCAGCACUUGGUGCUACCCUGAGUGUGAUCGUGGACAUGGACAUUAAUGUCUCCGUGGUUAUCUCAGCACUCAUUGCAAUCUUUUACACUCUGGUUGGAGGACUUUACUCUGUGGCCUACACUGAUGUUGUCCAGCUCUUCUGUAUCUUUAUUGGCCUGUGGAUCAGUGUCCCUUUUGCUUUGACCAACCCUGCGGUGUCAGACAUUACCGUUACUGCAGUGCAGCAGGUGUACCAGUCGCCCUGGAGAGGCAGCAUCCAGAAGGGUGACGCCUGGGUCUGGAUCGACAACUUCUGCCUCCUGAUGCUUGGAGGAAUACCAUGGCAGGUGUAUUUCCAGAGAGUCCUGUCGGCCUCCUCGGCCACCUACGCCCAGGUCCUCUCCUUCCUGGCCGCUUUCGGGUGCCUCGUCAUGGCCGUGCCCUCCGUUCUCAUUGGGGCCAUCGGGGCCUCCACAGACUGGAACCAGACAACCUAUGGUGCCAUUCCUCCGAAAGAGAAGGACCAAGCGGACAUGAUUCUACCCAUCGUGCUCCAACACCUCUGCCCCCCAUUUGUCUCUUUCUUCGGCCUGGGUGCAGUGUCUGCAGCUGUCAUGUCAUCGGCAGACUCCUCCAUCCUUUCAGCGAGUUCCAUGUUUGCGAGGAACAUCUACCAGCUCGCCUUUAGACAGUCGGCAUCUGACCGUGAGAUUGUGUGGGUGAUGCGUAUUACUAUCUUUGUAUUCGGCGGCCUUGCCACAUUGAUGGCGCUGUUGACCGGGACAGUUUACGGCCUCUGGUACCUGAGCUCAGACCUGGUUUACGUCAUCAUCUUCCCCCAGCUGCUCAGUGUGCUCUUUGUCAAAGGCACCAACACGUACGGCUCUGUGGCUGCCUACCUGUGCGGCAUGGUGCUGCGUAUAGGUGGAGGUGAACCCUACCUGCGUCUGCCUCCUUUCAUUUACUACCCUGGCUGGACCACGGAGGAGAGGAUACACCACAUUACUGGAGAAAUGGAGGAAGUCGUCAUCCAGAAGUUCCCCUUCAAGACCGUCUCUAUGCUGGCCUCUUUCCUGGGUAACGUUGCUUUCUCCUACCUGGCAAAGUACCUGUUUGAGAGCGGCAAGAUUUCACACAAGUACGACUUUCUGGAUGCAGUGGUGUCCAUGGACAGUGGAGAGAUUAUGGAUAAGACGACGCUUGUGACUCGCAGCAACGACAUCGGGUUGUCGGAGAUGGCGCCCGUCAAACCGCGGCUGAGCGUGACCUUGGCGGCCGCCUUCACGCGCCGGGACACACUGCCGGCGGAAACAGUGGAGGAGGAGGAGGACUCCAGCCCUGAUUCCUCCCACCACGAUGAAAAAUGAAGAAAAACCAAAAUAGACAGAACACAUUGAGUGAACUGACAGAGAACUGGUUACUAUGUCAGAUUCUCCAAAAAGAAGUAAGAGACAACAGGCAAACAUCCUCCCUUUGGGACUACAAAAGUACCACAUCCAGCAUGUAGUGAUUGGAUAACAACCACAUGUCAGGAUAUAUAGCGUAGACGCUUGCUGAUUGUCCGGACAUGAAGUUGUUUUUUCUGUGAAGUACAUCAAACAUUCACUCAUAUAGUACUUAUGCCGUAGAUAGAAGGGUGUAUGUAUAGUCAUCCUUUUUUUGAACUGGUUUGGAGAUCUACUUACAGUAAAGAAACGUGUAUUCAGAUAAUUUGAUUAAUUUGAUUUUGAUCCGUAAUGAAAAAGCUGAUCAAACUGCAAAUGAGCGGAGAUAAAAAAAAAAAGAUGCUGCAUACAGUUUCUACUGUGUGGUGAAAUAUUUGAUCAUAAAUAUGACAAGUAAUCAAACACAUGGCAGGUACUUACUAAGAAACGACUGACAGCACAACCAUAUUUUGGAAGGAGGGUUUACUGUAUGUACCAAUUGGAUAAAAGCAAUAACACAUACACACAGUUUAGCACCUGUGCCGCAACUAUUAUAAAUCUGAUUGUGUGUGUGUGUGUGUGUGUGUGAGAGAGAGAGAGAGAGAGAGAGAGAGAGAGUUAAAGUAAAUUAGAUCAUCAAAAGGGAAUGAUGGAAAACAGGAUAUUUUAUAGCUUUAAUAUGUCAUAUCAAGCCAAUACAGUUAUGUUAUGUGUAAUUAACAUUUGUAGUACGGAAAUAAUUAGGUUUUGAUUUAUGAAUGAAUUAAUACAUUAAAUAGACUGUAAUGUUAAAAAGUGAAAUACGUCCGACAUAUUAACCAAAGCCCAAAACUAAUUGAGUUUGAUACAGUUUUGUCAGGCUUUUCAUGAUUACAGAUAAACACAUCAUGACUGUGAAUCAAGAGAGAAACAAUCCAUGUAUCAUGCUGAGUAGAAAAUAUACAAGCAGUAGUGACGGUAGUUGACUUGAAACAUUAGCUAAUAUUCUCUUAAUUAAUGUCAGGUGUAGAAACAGUUUUAAUCAUAAGAAUCAGUGUACAUUAGUGUUUAAAAAUUAUCUUGUAUUCAACUGCCUUAAUGAAGCUCUGCAGCGAACAAAGACUUGAAUAUGAAUGUAACCUCUACAAAAAGAUCAAAUUAUCUCAAAUAGUGUACUUCUACUGCGGUUUGUGUCUGUUUUUGUUUGUGAUUUUGCAAAGUCAAACAGUGACUGGUGAAAACAGCGUGGCGGCAGGUCCUGCUUCACAAAUUUGUUGUAAACAGCAGUGUACAGAUUAUUUUCUCUGUGAUGUGUAUGUUUGUAUAGAUAUGGAGAGAAAAAUAUCCACAUAGAUAACAAAUCAUGCUGUUUAUUCAUAUAAGAUAGAAAGGAUGCUGUCUAAAUGUUUAUUUAUUUUUGAUGUCAUAAAAGAUGAAACAAUAAAAAAAAGAACAAAUUAUUUCAGGAAAAUAUAUAAAUUCUACUUUUGGAACAAGAUAAAAUGGUAUUUUACUUUUCACUGACUCUUGUUAAAAAUGCACUGUGAAUAUUUC